UCGUCCUUUUUUAUUCGCUAUUCACGAAGUACCGCUUGUGCAAAAUGUAUGUUAAAUGCGGAGUUUUCUUGUGAAUAAAUUUGGAUUUAGUUAAAUGUGAAAUAUUUCAGAUGUUCUGAAUAACUAUUCUUAAGUGUACAUUUCCAUAGUGAAAAUGGAGGGCUCUUUUAUUUUUGCUUCUGUAGUUAGUGAAGGAGAAUGGCAAUCGGUGCCUACAGAGAUAGGAGUGAAGAUAUCAAAAUUUGUUAGUGAAAAGUUUGAUGAAUUCAUCACAUCUAAGGCUCUUUUAGAAACAAAAUGCUUCAAUUUGGAACAGACUCAUGGAGAAAAUCAAACAUGCAGUGAAAAACUAGAACUCGAAGCUGAAAUUUUGAAGACCAAACUAGAAGUAGCAGCAAAAACCAUAGAAGAACAAGAGUUGCAACUUGCCACUUUAAGUUCAGAAGUCAGUAAGUUACACACACAAUGCAAUGUUCUAGAAGCUGAAACGGCUGAAUAUCGUCAUCAACGAAACUUAGCGUUGGAUGAACGAGACGAGCAUCUCAAGAUGAUUCAGCGUCGUAAUUCUGAAGUGGAGCGGUUACAGUCUGAUAUCAAUAGUUUAACCAAACAGUUGGAAACAGCUGUGAAUGCCAAAUGUGAAGCCCUAGCACAAGCUGAUGAGGUGGCAUCAAUGAAAAUAACCCUAGAAUAUCGUGAAAAAAGAAUGGAACAGGAAAGGUCUCUUCUUAAUAGUCAAGUACAAAGUUUAACUGAUGAACUGAAUCAACGUACUGAGGAAUUACUCAAUAUGCGACGUGACAAUACAUCUCGUUGCAUACAGUUGGAAACUAAAUUAACUGAGAAAACUCAAGAGUUGUCAGUUGCAUUGGAACAAAUAAAGUCUUUAACUGAUAUCAACAACAACAUGGUUGCUAGAAAUGAAGAACUGUCUCAGAAAAUGAUGGAUCAACGAGAAGUAGAUGCCAAAAUGAAUGAAUCUUAUGCCUUCGAAAUUGAAGCUAAAACCAAAAUGGCGAAUGCCUACCAAUCCAUGUAUGAGGAGAGUCAACAGCAUGCUAACGAAUUGAAAGAAGCUUUGUCAGAGCUUCAAGAGUUGUUGAGAUCUGCCACUGAGCAGUAUGGACAACUUGAAACUAAGCAUAAGGAAUCGGAACUAGCUCAUGAAGAAAUCCUUCUCAGAAAAAAUGAGUGUAUUGAUCUGCUGAAAAAAGAACUGGAGACUGCAAAUGAAAUAAUUGAUGCCACAAAGACUGACCAAUUGCAAAAAGACAUUGAAGGAUUGUCACCAAACGUGUCCUCUGCUUCGAAGUUGAUAAAAUCUGGAAUGUCUUAUAGCGAAGUUUACUCUCGCUAUGUAUCUGUCACGGAACAAUUUACAAAUAAAGAGGAAGAAUGUGCAAGACUCAAUAAUUACAUCACAUGCAUCGUGAGAGAAAUUGAAGAGAAAGGACCACUAAUAAAGAAACUGCGUCAAGAUUAUAGUAACACACUAGACGCUAAUGAUGCCCUCAAAGAUGCUAAUGAAACUCUUUUAAGAGAGAUUCAAGAACUUCGGGAGUCCAAUGCUGAAUGCAAACGACUGGAAGGCGUGACGGCUAGAGAAAACGAGAGGCUGAAAAAAGAAGUCGCGGAUUUGUCUCGCCAAGUUGUACAUUUACUGCAAGAGGUGGAACAUUCUCGCAUUGGUUCCUCCUCUACUUCAACUGAUAAUGACCUGAGUGACAGCAUCAGCUCAGCAGACAUUAUAACAAAGAAACUGGUGACUUUCAAUGAUAUAUCUGAAUUACAAGCUACGAACCAGAAACUUCUGGCUCUGGUUAGGGAACUUACAGAGCGUCAAGAGGAAGUUGAAAAUAUAGACCCUGCUGCUAUCGCAAAUCUCAAGAUGAAACUGGAAGAUUUGAGAGAGUCGCAAAAUGAACUUCUUGAAGAGCGUGACCGUCAGAAUAAAAUGAUGGUAACUCUACGCAACCAGAGAGAUAUGUACAAAAACUUAUAUACCCAGGCUGUCAAAGGUUCAGGAGAAGAAGUACCGUCACAAUUGGAACGUACUUUUCUCCCAGAAAAUGGGGAAACCAGAAUGCAAACAGAUUCUGACACUCAAUUUGAAGAAAAGAUUCAGGACUUAGAAAAUCAGGUAGAGAAAUUGAAUAAACAAGUUGAACAUCUCAAGGAAGAGAACGAAACUUACCGUAAGGAAAAGUCCGCUAAUGAAAAAAUAUUGCUAGAACAAUUAGAAAAUAUGCGUGGGGAAGUUAAGGAACUGACAAGGUUAAACUGUAAACUAAGCUCUCAUGCUGAUCUCAAUGAGGAAAAGUUCAAGGUAUUACAGAAUAACGUGGAAAUUUAUAAAAAGCAAGUAGCUGCAUUGGAAAAACAAAACAAAAUCUAUAGCGAAUCAAUAAUCAAACACGAACAGGCUGCCACAUACCUGAAAGACGAGACUUUGCAAUCCCAAACAAAACUUUCCAAAGCUGAAGUUAUGCUUGCCAAUCUGCAGAAAGAAAAUGCUCUUCUCAAAGAUGCAGAACAAAGACUCUUGAAAGAAAGAGAAUCUUUGAGACGUGACUCAUACCAGCAAAAUUUGAUUAAGUCAAAUAUUGAGUUGAUAAAAGCUACUUUGGAAAGAACGGACGCAGAAGGAAAGUUGAGAUUGGAAAGUAGACUGGACGAGGCGCAUAGAGAAUGUUCUGCUUUGCGCAGGAGGCUUCAAGAAGAACAAGAUCAUUUCAGGCAACUUUCCGAUAAUCUGGAAAAACAAAGUAAAGCUGCUCAAAAGCGAAUGGAAGAAGAACGCGAACAAGCGGAGAAGCUACGUAAGGAAGUAGCUGAAGCCCGAGAAGAAAUUGUAUUGAAAACUAAUCAAAUUGAAGAAUUAAGCAAAAAAAUGAAAAUGGGUCUUUUUACUGUUCCUGACACAAACGCAGAAGUACGUAAGAUGAGAGAAAUUGAACAACAAUUGGCUGACGCUAAUGCAGAAAUAAACUCCCUGAAAACUAAACUGAAAACAGCUAAAGAGGCAUCCGACGAGUAUUUCAAUGUUGCUGAAGCUUCAGAGAAACAAGUUAAGGAUGUUCUCGAUCAGAAUGAACUGCUGCGCCAGGAAAUUGAGAAACAAACAUCCCUUGUUAAGGAACUGCAAGAAAAGUGUUCGGAAUUAGAGGGAGAACUCUCUAUUCAGUUGGAUGACCAGGAUAUAUCAAAUGCAAGUGUCAAGAAUAAGUCUACUCAACUGCAAGAAGAACUUAAUGUUAGAAAUAUGGAUUUGAAAACUGCAAGGGAACAACUGGAAAAUGCCAGGUGCGAGAACAAAUCUUUGAUCGAACAGUUGAAAGCAGUUGAAAAUAAAUAUGCCAGGGAGGUCACUUUACAUUCUGUAGACCUGCAAUCCCUCACAACUAUGAAAGAAGACCUUGACAAAGCAGUCGAUGAUGCUAAUAAGUUAGAGAAUGACAAGACUCAAGCCAUUGAGGCUCUCAACCAAAUCAAAAGUGAUUGGGAGCAACAAAAUGUCUUAUUCUUGAAGGAGAAGGAAGAACUUGAAUCUCGAUUUAAAGACGUGGACUCUCAAAAUAGUUUGUUGCAUGACCAGAUUCAAGCUCUGAAUACUCAACUGAAUAUAUUGCAAGCUCAGGCGACUGAACAACAGAAUCAAUCUAUUAGCGAAGCUUCAUUCAAUAAAUCAUUUAGCGAAGACGAUGUCAAAUCAUCUGAACAACUAUUGAAAAUAAUAAAGUAUCUGAGGCAAGAGAAAGACAUAGCUGUAAGUAAGGCUGAUAUAGUGGAAGCCGAACAUUUGAGGUUGAAAUCUCAAUUCGAUAUGCUCAACAAACAAUUAGAGGAAGCUAAAGCUGCUAUAGAGCUUGAAAGGCAGAAGCAUGAAGUUUCAGUUGUAUCUGCUGCUAAACAUGCUGAGGUUCUUCGUAAAUUGGAAACUUUGAAUGCUAUAACGGACAGUAACAGAUCUCUGAGACAGGAACGUGACUCCCUAUUGUCACAAAUGGCUGAAUUGAGGGAACGUGCUGAUAAAUUAGAAAUUGAGGUAGCUCCAUUGCAGGAAAAGAACAGGGAAUUGACUACAAAAUCAGAUCAGCUGCAAAGUGAGAAUAUAUCUCUGCGUGCGGAGUGCACUAGAUGGAGACAAAGAGCUAACAUGCUUAUUGAAAAAACAAAUAGAACCAACCCUGAAGAUUGGAAAAAACUUCAAACUGAGCGUGAAACUCUUGCCAAACAACUUACAAUUGAGAGGUCCACCGUUACUAAGUUGAAUGAUGACAUUAAUACUCUGAAACAAGACAAAAUCAAAUUGGAAGAACAACUCAGAAGUUUGAGAUCUCAAAAUAAUCAACAAGCCGAGGAAAUUGCACGUUUACGUGAUGAAGUUACUAGUCUUCAGGCUCAGGUAACUCAGCUCACUAAUACAGUAGAUCAACAAAGCGGUGAAAUACUCAAAUAUAAGGAGGAAAAUCGUAUCAUAACUGAAGAUACGGCAGCUAAAGAUGUUUCAAUAACUGAACUUAAAAACAACUUAGCACAAAUUCGAAAAAUAGCCAAAAAAUAUAAAAUACAGUGCGAGGAUCAGACUAAAGAAAUUGAGAAUCUCAAACAGCAGUCUAAGCAGCAUGAUAGUGAGGCAACUAUUAAUGCCGAAAAACAGGAACAGUUGCUCCAGGAACAACGCACCGAGAUGGAAGAGCGCAUGUCACAACUUGAAUCAACUCACAAAGACACUGUUGACUUAUUGAAUCAACAAGUGACGAGUAGCACAGAACAGAUAGAUAACUACAAGAAGGAAAUCGAAAGUCUCAAGCAAUCAAGCUUAGAGAAGGAAGAACGAUUCAAAACCUUGUUCAAAAACGCAAAAGAACGGAUAGUAAGUUUAACAGAGCAAAACAAUAGCCUCAAAGAAGAACUUAACAAGGACAAACCGGCUAGGUCGAACGGAAGUGAACAAGUUGGCGAGAGCAGUAAGAACGCGGAGCUUUUGGAGAAAAUCGCGAAUUUGGAGAGGGAAAGAGAUGAAAUCAGUGAAGAAAGGCAGGCAGAAAAAGACAAGUUCGCCUCCGAACUUGAGAGUCUGAAUCAGAGGGUGAGCCAGUUACAGAGACAGUUGGGCCUACAGCAAGGGUCUAAGCCAAGCACAAGCUCUACAUCUUCAGAAAAAUCAUCAACCGAAAGGCCUACUGCCGAUAUCAAACCGAUGGCGGGUCAUUCAACAAAUACUCAAACUCAGUCUGUGCCAAUUCAACCAUGGCGCAGUGGUGGUGAGCCUCCUUUGGCAAGUAUUAGGCCGAUGUCAGCUCAAUUGAGAACCGUUGCAGUAUUGCCUACCAGCCAAAGCCCAAGUGCAGUCAUGGUACCACCUCAACAGCAGGUUCACACUACUGGUUCCAGCACAAUUGAAUCUCUGUCCAGUAGUCCCACUAGUUCCCAUACCGACUAUGUACCGGCAACGAGUUCUGCAAGCUCUGCCAUGCUGGGUCCCCGGCAGGUUGCCGUUCCUCCUACUCAGUCCUCCCAAGAUACAGAAGACGAUGAAACCAGCAUGCAAGUUCAAGCUGCUCCACAAACGCAAGCCGUUGCUUUAGUGCUACCCCGAGUUGAACCUCCAAGUAGUGGACCUACACAAGAACAGGGCACUAGCAGUAGUAGUUCAAAUACAGUGACGACUACACAAGCUGGACAUAAAAGACAAAGAGAUUCUGAUACAGAUAGUUGUCAAGCCGACGACCAGUCUAAGACUCAACAGCAAUCUAAAAGGACCAGGAUUCAGCAGGCAGGUACAGUUAGCGAUAGUGGUCUGGACGUUGAGUACCAAGUUCCUACAAGCAGUCAGAGAGAUCACGAUGAUGAUAACGUUAUUGUUGUUGAAAGUGAUGAAGAGGGAGCUGCUGAUGAAGGUGAGGGUGCCGACGAUGAACAGGACGAUCCCGACACUGAAGGUUAUGAUAUGGAAGGAAUGGAACAAGAUAACUAUGAUGACGCUGAGUGUCAAGAAGUAGAAGAUGAGGAAGAAGCUGGAAACGAAGUAGAGGUGAUCGAAGAUUCUAGUGAAGUACCCAACCAGAGUGAGAGGUCAAUUCAGGAGAGCCCUGAAGAGGAAAAUUCUGAACAGGCUCAAUCUGAAGCGAUCAGCAGUGGCACUGAUGGCACAAAUGGCGUCACCAUAUCACAGGCAUCCACCUCUGUCUCAAUAACGUUACCUUCUUGUUCUCGUAUAAGACCGAUACCGUCUUCCUUGCGAUCCAGGCCGCAGUCUAAUUUACUGCCUCUUCAUGGCCUGGAAGAAAUCGGAGAUGAUGGCAUAGUACCCUCAACGCCGACAUUGUAUGCACCCAGGCGGUCCGACGGUUUCGGCGAGGCUGUGAGCUCCCCUCACGUACCCACGAGCGGGUCUUUUACUUUUAACGAGUCUUCACAACAUAAUAUUUCGGGAUCGAAUGAAGUUGUCCCCGAGCAAACUCUGGACAGCGGAAAUUUGGAUGAAACUAGCACGGGCAGGAGCGUGCCGACAACUCCCUUACAGUCUUCGCCUCAGGAGGCUUUACCUGGUACUGAGGAGCAAGGAUCCAGUCAGAUGACCCAGUCCGACGCAGAAAUUCCUUCAAUAAUGAUAAGUGCAGAUGCUGAUGAUAAUGAAACACCCGCUGAAGGAAGCUCUGAAGAGUGUAUGGGACCUCCUCCAGUUGCUGGUACAUCGUCGGAAGGAUUGCCACCACUCGAGCAAGGAGAGGAAAUGCUCGAAGGAGAUGAUGGGAACGUGGUAGAGGUACUGGUUCACCAAACUAUCAAUCCAGAGCAGUAG